UGCUGAAUAAUAAUAUCGUGAAAUCUUUGUUUACUUCUCGACUAGUCUAAUCUCGUGCAAGUGUUUUUGUUAUUGUAAAAAUUUUAUCCGGAAAUAUUUUGAAUACUGUUUUUAAUAUCAAUUUGAGUGAAUUCUGUGAGACUUGUUAUUGAGUUGAAACGUUUUCAAUCCUGUGUGUAUUAACAAUCUAUAUUGCUCUAAAUAGCUACAAUAUCAAAAGUCAUUGUGAAUAAUUAAUUGGAUUUUAUUUAGUGUUGUGUUCUUAGGUUGUGUUUUCCAUUAUGUAAUUGAAAGAUGAAAUUGACCCAGAUAAAUCAUUUCAUAACAGUGUGCAAUGGUGACAUAUAAUAUAUUUGUUAUAUACAAUCAAAAUAAAUAAACAUUGUAAACGACACGUGGGCCUCAGUGAAUUAAAAUCGAUAAAGACGUAAGCGUGCGCCUGUGUAUCAACGAGACGAUUCUACGUCAAGGUCAACCUACAUAAACACGUGCAAUGUCGGAUUCUAUUUACACUCAUGACUUUCUUUUAGAGUCCAGUUUUGAUAUAAAGCAGGAAUCGCCCUUCGAAUUGGGCACGAUGUCCGCUUCUGUACCAAUACCACAGAGGCGUACCGAUUUUGGUGACUUGAACUCUGAUUUCGAUCUUUGUUUACCCGACACACAAGUAGGUUCCUUCCACAGUGUUCCCACUUACAAUAAGCUGUCUUUCGAUGCGGAGAAUUCUAAAAUUGAACCGUUUAAAAUGGAGGACGAUGAUAUAUUUCAAGUUGACAAAGCUGAUUUAAUAUUGGGGCCGACACUGGCGGAGUUAAACGCAAACCCAGAUACAUCAUUGGAUGAUUUGGACUUUGCCGAUCUGUUGAUGCCAGAAGAGAGUGAAUAUUGUAUACAAAUUGGUGGUGCGAUGAGUGGUUCCAGGCGGGUUGCAAAUACUUUACAGACUGCUCCACUAGCUUCCGAGAGUCCCUGUAGUCCAUACAGUCGAGCUCAGCUAGCAUUCUCUCCGUCAAGCCAGCAUAGCUCUGCUUCAUCCAGUUUCGCACAGCCAAUGAACCAAUUACCGGAAAUGUUACUGCGAAUGGAUGGUUAUAGUGGGGAAAUAGCUUUAGGACAGUCUGUCCCUGCAUCUUCAGUACUACCACCCUUUCCUACUAGUGUAAAGUCACAACCAGCGCAAUUGUCAUCAUCGGCUCCAACACAUUUAACUAUGGAACAGAUAUGGCAACGUCGUGAGCCUCGUAAGCACUUACUGUCCACGAGCUCUCUCGCUGAAGCAGGAUCAGUUUCCUCGCUAUCAGGAGGUCUGUUAAGCCCUGGAACGGGAGACUUUUCACAGGAUGAAGAUGAUAGAGAUAUUGAAUCAGACGAAGAUAGUGACCGAUACGAGGAUCUGUCUUCUGAUGAAUCAAAUGACGAAAGUCCAGAGAAAAAAGAAGCCCGACACAACGCUAAAAAGGAAAGGUAUUUCUGGCAGUACAAUGUACAAGCCAAAGGGCCCAAAGGACAACGACUGGUAUUGAAGAAGAAAUCGGAAGACCCUCAUGUUUUGAAUUCUGUCACCGAUCCAGUUUUUAGUCCAAACUGUAAUGUUAAAGGCAUAAAACACAGUGGAAAAGCAAGGAAAGGCGAUGGCAACGAUCUCACACCAAAUCCAAGGAAGCUUUAUCUUAUUGGAUUGGAAUUGGACAAUUUGGGUAAAGUGAUAAACGAUAUGAUACCUGUCAGCGAGUUACCGUUCAAUGUGAGACCAAAAACGAGAAAGGAGAAAAACAAACUAGCCUCCCGCGCUUGUCGGUUAAAGAAAAAGGCCCAACAUGAAGCUAAUAAAUUGAAACUCUAUGGGUUACAACAGGAACACAAGCGUCUCAUAAAUGGUAUACAUCAAAUGAAGCAAAUAAUAGGCAAUCGAGUGACGAACCCCGACAACAAUGUUGAAUGGACGUCACAUCUUAAUAAUAUUGUUAGCACGGCUACAGAAGUGAAAAUAGCCGGCAAAACAUCGGAAUUCGUCAACAAAAUAUUGGAAAACGUAAAAUCCGGACAGAAUAAUGGCGGGCUGAACGAAAUAUAACUCGCAAACAUUGUACAAGAUUGCAAAACGAAAGGCUGUUUUAUGUACCUCCAAAGUUAUUUAGAAGAAAAUUAUGUCAUAUGAAAGCUUAAUUGUCCAAGACAAUGUUUAUUUUUGUAUGAACGAAUUCAAUGUUUUAGUCAUUAGAGCUUCGAAAGGCAACUAAGGUAAUGGUAACUCAUCAUUUUUAUCUUUUGCCAUAUAUAUUAGGUAUUUAUAAGUACAUAUGUAGAAAGUAUUGAUCGUUACAAACCAAAUAGUGGUUUUAAGUAAACGUUAGUUAGUUUUGGUUAUGGUUUUAUAGUUUUAUUUAACUUAUGGUUUUAAUGUUAUAUACCAAUGGGUAGACAAUCUAACAAUCUGCUUUUGAAUCUUAAUAUAAUCAUAUUAAAUGAAGUUGUAGAAAGUUUGAGAUGCAAUCGUUAAAUACUCGACUACACUUAACUUUUAAGUUAUCGGAUAGUGUGACAUUUUGUCAUAUUAAUUACAUACGAAAACUAAGUAGAAUUUGAGUAUUUGAAACCUAUUUAAAAUAGUUUUAUAACUUAUAAUAUCUCUCUUCUAUCUAAAUCUUAUAUAUUUUGAUGGCAGACAUGAUUUUAUAUUUAUAAUUGUUUAUUGUUAUAUAAUAUACAUAUAUACUAUUGGCUUCAAAAGUGAGAAAGAUGUUCUAAUUAACUCAUGUGCACUAAUGGCAUUUGUGUAGGUAAUUAUAAUAAUGUGACAAAAUUACAUUAAUUUUACUAUAUUGGUAACUUGCUAGUCUUCUUUUUAUAAAAAAUUCAAAAUUUAACAGUUAUUACUAUUCAAAAAGAAGAUAAUUCAAACAAACCAAAAACAAUAAUCAGCCAAUGCAGCCAAUCUAAAGUCAUAAAUGGUGUAGCUUUCUUUUAUUUAUAUAUAAGAUAGAUAUUUAGAAUGCUAUAUGUUAUUUUAAAAUGAACAUAAUAAUAUGUGGGUAACACUAAAUAUCAUGCACCAUGGCCUAACGAUAAUGUACUUACUUAAUUGAGAAAUACUACAUUAUACCAUAUUUCAAAAAAUUUCUUAUUUUAUAGAAUACAGAUAUUUUUAAGCUAUUGCAUAGCUUCUAUCGCGGGCCUUGAGCGCGGGGACCGAAUCCAGAAAUUCCGUACGAAAAAAAACCUCUCGCUCCCCACUCCGACGGGCACGGAGUACGGACUGCUAUAGAUGUUAUAGCAUGCCUUCAAGCCACACCAUAUUGUAUACAAUUUCUUUACCGCGGCAGUCCCCGAGUGCCACACGUCUUUUUUUUUUAUUUGAAACACAAGUAAAGAUUUGACUUCAGAAUUUCGAUUAUCUUCAAUAAAACACCCUGGCAUGAUUUUCAGUGUGACCCAUGUUUAUUUUUAAUGUGGUGCCAAAUAACAACCUGACAUAUUGAUUUAAAUAAUAACAUAUAUCUGAAAAUAUUAUAAACACAUACUUAUAUUAUUAUCUAUAACACACUUAACAAUAGAAAGAAAUAUUAUAUUAUAUUUUCAUAUAACUUAUUAAACCUGUAUGACAGGGUCAUUUUAUAUCAAACAGUACAAACAUACUACAUACAUAUUGUAUAGGUACAUAAUAAUAUGUUAAAGCGAUGAAUAUAAAUUAUACAUUUUAUUAUUUAAUACUCUUAUUUACAUUUUUACAACACAUAAAAAAAGUUAUUUUUUACCAUCUGUUUUAAUGUGCAAAUUGUCACUUUUAUCGGCAAAAUUAACCACGGAUAAAAAUUACCACAUAUUAUGUUUCAAAAAUAUAUUGAAAGAUAAAGUUUGACUAGACGUUAUUUUAGGUACCUAUUAACUGUGAUCAAAUUAAUGUAUGAUUUAUUAUAUAACUUGCCAUUAAAGCCAUUAUAAUGUAACUUUUUAUUUGAUAUACGAGUUCUCAAAAAUUAAUAGGACCAAUGAAUAAGUAUAAAAGAUAACAUAGAUGUUAUCUAAUAAUGUCUCUUUUCUUCUUGUUAAAAUACUAGCUUUUUGGAAUAAUUAUAUUCCGUUUCAAUGAUAAGUAAAAGCUAUUUUUUAUAUUAUGCAUUUGUAAUUUGAACUCUUCAUUUCACAAAAUUUUUUCAUGCAUAUCUUCAGUAGGUACUUAGAGGCCGAAAAGAUGUUUGUCUUAUGCAUAGAUGCGGCACAUAUUUUAUGAUAAAAAUUAUUCAUCUAAAUUAGUUUUAUAUUGAUGAUGCGUCUGAGAGUAUGUGGUUAAUAAUAUAAAGUAACAGAGAGUAAAUACUAAAUAUAUUUUGUCGUAUAUAAAGAUAGAUUUUAAAAUUAUAUUUCAUUAUUUGUAAAAUAGAAUUUACUAUUAUUAAACAUAUUAAAUUUAAUAAAUUUUAAUAUAAAACCUGCAAUAUAGAUAAAGUGCAAAUUUUAUGUAGUUUAACAUUAAUUGACUUCUAUUUUUAUCUAGAUUAUAAGAUUAUAGAUGUAUCAAUAAGUUUAUAAACCCUGUUAGAAGUUAUUGGAAAAUGGCGGUAAUUUUGAUAAGUCACUUGAUUAGUAUUGCCAGAAUCAGUUCCAUUAUAUUUUUUUUGAUUGGCAGGGAAAACUUGUGACCUAGUGAUGCAUUAAGAAAAUAAAACUACGUAUAAUCACAAUAUACAGAUACGUACAGUAGGGAAACUUCAUACAAACGUUCGAAAUGGCUCACGCACACAAGAAAGCGUAUUUACGAGAAUCGCAAGGGUAUUAUGACAAUUGACGGAUAAUUUAUGAAUACCCUUGCGAUUCUCGUAAAUACGCUUGCUUGUGUGCGUGAGCCAUUUCGAACGUUUGUAUGAAGUUUCACUACUGGUUGUAUCUAUAUAUUGUGGUAUAGUGCGGGUUUUAUUCUUUUGGCUAUUGUAUAAAAAAUGAACACUUGCUGCAAGUUUGAAAAUAUUAUACCUAUUUCACGUUCGACAUAUGGAAUAUUAACUGCAUUUAUGCAAAACAUAUUCAUAUUUUAUGACUAACUUAUACAUAUUUAUACAAUUAAUAUGUCUUGAGUCAACUCAAGUAAACGAAAAAAAUUACCAGUAUCGUUUUAUAGCUUAGAACGGGUUUUAAGUAAAUUGAAUGAAAAAAAAAAAGAAUUUGAAAAAAAUAUAUCUAAGUAUAUUUAAGUUAACAAGUAGUCAUAUUAAUCUUAAAGAUUUGUGUGUGAUACUAUAAGUGUUAUGAUAUUUUACAAUGUAAAUUAUAAUUAUGUAUAUAAUUUGUAAUGUUUUAAACGUUGUUUUUAGUUACUCGAUUAACUCAAAUAAGUUAUUUCACUAAUGAUACAUGUUUUUUUUUACUCUUAUUGAUUUUGUGAUAAGUUAAAAUACGAUGGUUAUAAUAUGUUGUAUUGAAUAUUGUUGGCUGUACCAUAAAUCAAAGGAAUAUUUAAGGCUAACUAUUAAUACGAUUCGACUGCAUUUCGCCAUGUAUAAAAAAUACAAACUUCAUCCGAGAUAAAAAAUUUUUUCUUAACAUAAUGUGUACAUUGUUACACUCGGUAUUUAAAGUUUCGUCUGUUUUAAUUUCCCAAAAAGCAAAGCAUAUGUUGAUACCAAAAAACAAUUAUAAUGCUAUAGAAAUUGAUACACUGAAUCAAGUGCAGAAAUCUCAAAUCGAUUAGCACAAUUUUUUUCAAAGGCAAGGAAAAACAUCAAAGUUGUGUCUCAAUGACGCACAUAGUAGCUUUAAUCAAUACAGCUAUUCUACAUAAUGAAUAAUUUGUUGUAAACAACAAGGAAUCAACUUGUUUGUAAUUCAUUUGUGAAGUUUAUGUUAUUAAAUUUUUAUAUAUUAUAUUGUUGUUACAUAAUUAAUUCACCAAAUUUUAUUCUGCUUUAUAUAUAUUUUUUGUUUCUUCAUAAGGCACACUAUUUUAGGAAAGAUUCUUGGUUGGGUAAUGAAAGUGAAAUUCAAAUUGUAAAAAUGUAAAAAUUGCCAUAAAUUUUUCCAUUUUAAAUUUAUUUUUAGCGCUUUAAGGACGAUAAUCUGUUGCUAAUUUUAGAAAUAUCAGAAUUUGAUUAAUAUCUAUCGGUUUUAAAUAUUUUUUAACUAUUGAUAUUACAAAAACGACAGUAGAAUCUUUCCUUUUUAGUGAACUUAUUCGAUUACCAAACUGAACUGGUCUGCGAUUCAAUAGGCUGUGCUUAUUUGUAUAAUUUCUAUUAAGUUUCUGGUAUUGUUCUUUCUAAUGGAUUUAUAUCAUUGUAAUUUUAUUUUACCUUAAGAAUAAAUAAAAAUAAAACAAA